AUGGACACUUUACGACGAGUAAAGAUGGAAGAUUCAAGAUCAACAGUUCCUCCUGUCAAUGAUGACGAUUUAGAAGAAUUUUCAUUCAUCUUUCGAACAUAUAAAAUCCGCUUCUAUGGUUUGACUGUUAUUGCUUUGUCUAAUAUUGCGUCGUCGUUGAAUUGGCUGGCCGUAGCACCUGUGCCUGAACCCUCCAAUUCGUUUUUCAACAAUUGCGGUUUAACAACUAUCAACUGGUUCUCCAAUGUUUUCAUGCUAGUUUAUCUUUUGGCUGGUCCACUAUCCAGUUGGGUAUAUGAACGUUGGUCAAUUAAACUUGGUAUUGUUAUCGGAGCCGUGUUACAAACUAUCGGUGCUUGGUUACGUUACUUUUCUACUUUUGUUAGUGAUCCUACGGGCAGAUUGGCUUUAAGCCUGAUCGGUCAGGUUAUUUGUGCUGUUGGUCAGCCAUUUAUUCUUAAUGUCUGCACGCCUUAUGCAGCAUUAUGGUUCAGUGCAGAUGGUAGAGGAACUGCCUCUAUGGUGGGUGGCGUAGCAAAUGCAAUUGGUAUGGCUAUUGCUUCUCUCAUUAUCCCUGCAUUAGUUACAGAUGCUGAUUCUCUACCUCUUGGCUUCCUGGUGAUAGCUUGUAUUACUACUGGCUUUGCCUUACCAGUCUUCUUUAUUCCUAAAAAGCCCAAAACACCACCCUCUUUUAGUGCUUCUUCAAAAGAUAAAUUUGCAUUGACAUUCAAGGAAUCCAUCAUCCAGUUGCUGACGAACUGGAAUUUUUUGAUCGUUGUGGUUGCUUUUGGUGUUCUUUGUGGUCUUUCUUCUGCGUUAACAUCCGUUUUCGCUCAAAUCGUAACGCCUUACGGCUAUAAUGAUGAUGAAGCCGGGUACCUGGGUGCAGCAUUCAUUAUAGCAGGUCUUGUAGGAGCUAUCUGUGCCGGCAUUUUCAUCGAUAAAACAGGUCGUCAUAAGAUUCUUAUCAAAAUUUUUGUACCUAUCAUUGGAUGCUUGUACUUAGCAUUUUACUUUGUUGUGUCGAAAAAUGUAGGUUAUGGUGCUAUUGCUGCAGUAGUUGCUCUUAUGGGCUUCUUUACGUUUUCCCUUUUACCUGUUGCCCUUGAGCUUUCUAUUGAAUCUACAUAUCCUAUCAGUGAAGCUAUUUCUAGUUCCAUGCUAUGGAUGGCUUCGCAGGUUUUAGGCCUUGUAUUAUUGAUUGUAAUGGAUGCUCUUCGCAAUCCUGAUGGCAAGAUGAACCGUAGUCUUAUUUUUGCUGUAUGCAUAGUAUUCCCAAUUUCUAUUCUCACAACAAUUUACAACAGUCCAAAUAAGCGUAUUGAAUUCGAAGAAAAAAACAGAGGUCAGCGAUAA